CGCACACACACACACAGUCGGCAUGAUGGCGCUCAGAUGGGGGAUCUGCAGUGCUGGAAAGAUCAGUCAUGACUUCACUGUGGCCCUGAGGACUCUUCCAGCAGAACAACACCAGGUGGUGGCCGUGGCUGCGCGUGAGUUGGCGCAUGCGCAGGAGUUUGCACAGAAGCACAGUAUCCCACGCGCAUACGGCAGCUAUGAGGAGCUGGCUGAAGAUCCAGAGAUCGACGUGGUGUACGUGGGCACCAUCCACCCUCAUCACCUGCGGGUCGGCCUGCUCUUCAUGAACGCUAAGAAAAACGUGCUGUGUGAGAAACCGCUGGCCAUGAACCUGAAGGAGGUCCAGCAGAUGAUCUCCGCAGCCAGGAGGAGUGACGUCUUCCUCAUGGAGGCGGUGUGGACGCGCUUCUUCCCGGCGUCGCUGGAGAUCAGUCGUCUGCUCUCCCAGAAUGCCAUAGGGCAGGUGAAGCUGGUGCGGGCAGAUUUCGGCGCUGCUCUUCUUGGUGUGCCGCGCGCCGUACAGAAGCAUCUGGGUGGAGGAGCUCUGCUGGACAUCGGCAUCUACUGCGUUCAGUUUGUGCUCAUGGUGUUCAAUGGAGAGAAACCAGAGCAGAUCCAGGCCAGCGGAGUGUGUCUGGACACAGGUGUGGACGAGGCGAUGGUGGUGACGCUGAAGUUCUCCGGACACCGAUUGGCAGUUUGUACCUGCACCGUCGCCGCUGAGCUGCCCAAUGAAGCGCUGAUCGUCGGCACUGAAGGAUCCAUCAAGGUCCCGGCUCAUAUGUGGUGUCCGACGUCUCUGCUGGUCAACGGUGUGGAGACGCAGUUUCCUGUUCCUGAUCCGCAUCUGCCGCUCAACUUCAUCAACAGCACCGGCAUGAGAUAUGAAGCUGAGGAAGUGCGGCGCUGUGUACUCGCAGGACUGAAGGAAAGCUCUCGAAUGUCUCACGCUGACUCCGCCCUCCUCGCUGACAUCAUGGAUGAAGCCCGCAGGCAGGUGGGUGUGGUCUACAGCCAAGACAGCCAAUGAGUUCCCACCAACACUGCUGCUCAUUAAUCCGCUGUGAAAUAGCCUAAUAAAAGAUGCUCUUUUAAUGAA